UUAAAAUAGUUAUAUUAUACCAAACAUCGAGUCAAUUAUGACAGUUUUGUUGUGGUCAGUGUUGGCGCCGAUAUCACAGGUGUAUGAGUGGUGUCUCAUUGGACUCAUUGUGGCGGUACUCGCCUAUUAUUACUUUUCGUGGAAAAAUGCCUUAAGUUAUUGGAAGAACCGACAGAUUUCUGGUCCAAAACCCAUACCUAUAUUCGGAAAUGUUUUGAGUCCUGUCCUAAAACCGCGACCAUAUGUGGAGAUGGAGUGGUAUAAGAAAUACGGCAAACUGUUUGGGGUGUUCAGUAUGGGUAAGCCCGUCCUAACAGUGGCCGACCCGGAGCUCAUCAAACAAAUUCUGGUCAAAGAUUUCCAUUCAUUUCGUAACCGACGGCAACCUCCCGGACGUAAUAGAAUGACCGCAAAGAAUAUGUUUAGUGCGAGGGAUGACGACUGGAAACGAGUCCGGGCUAUAGCCAGCCCUACCUUUUCGUCUGGAAAGAUGCGGAAAAUGUAUGCUCUGAUCAACCAUUGCUGCAAAGACUUCAUCGAUAGCCUGGAUAAGGAUGUGUCGAAUGGUAUGAAUGAAGUCGAGUUGAAACAACUGAUGGGCGCCUACACUAUGGAUGUGAUCGCCAGCUGUGCCUUCGCUACCAAAACCAAUACAUACGCCGAUCCUAACAAUCCGUUCACCAGCAAAGCGGCCAAUCUGUUCAAUGUCCCCAUUUGGAAAGGGAUGUUACAAUUGCUUUUGCCUUCAUUUAUAGUAAACACUGAUAUAUACCGCCGAACUUUAAGUCCCGGCGUUUCUGACAUUGACUUCUUCAUUGACUUCACCAGAAGUCUAGUAAAACAACGAAAGAAAAACAAUGAAAAACAUAACGAUUUUUUGCAGUUAUUAAUGGAUGUCGAGAGAAGUGAUGGCGAUAUCCGAGAGGCCAGUGAUGCCAAUGAAGCACAUCAUGUAAAUGAGGGUAAGGAUGAGAUCACAGCCGAUGUCGAGGCCUUCAGGGAUGUGUUGGAGAAGAAGUUGACUGAAGACGAGAUAUUAGCGCAAUGUUUCCUCUUUUUCGCCGCCGGUUAUGAGACAACUGCCACUACUCUAUCGUACUGUACGUAUGAGUUAGCCAUCAAUCCUACACUUCAGGACAGACUCUAUGAGGAGACGAAAGAGGCGUUCAAUGAAAAGGGAGAAAUCGAUUACGAAGUGCUGUCGAGACUACCAUUCAUUGACGCACUUCUGUCCGAAACUCUU